CUCAGCCGCCCAGGCUGGAGUGCAGUGGUGCGAUCUCGGCUCACUCCAACCACCGUCUCCUGGGUUCAAGCGAUUCUCCCGUCUCAGCCUCCCAAGUGGCUGGGAUUACAGGCACCCACAAUCAUGCCCGGCUAAUUUUUGUAUUUUAGUAGAGAUGGGGUUUCACCAUGUUGGCCAGGCUGAUCUUGAACUCCUGACCUCAGGUGAUCCACCAGCCUCGGCCUCCCAAAGUGCUGGGAUUACAGGCAUGAGCCACCGCGACUGGCCUCUGUGUCUUCCUUCUCCAGUGAGUCAGUGCCCCAGACAUAUAGCCACAGGUGAGAAGACAGAAUUAGAAGCCCCUUCCUGGCCUGGAAUCACCUGCACUCCAGAUUUUUCUAAUUUCUUUCUUUCCCUCCAGGCCUUUCAACUAUAGAUUUGGAUGAGUCAUGCAGGCAUUCUGUCUCUUCUACUUUGCAGACAGCCAGUCUGCAAAUCAGAGGGUAUUUUGCCCCCAUACAUUGGUUGGGUAACAAAAUAUUACGAUGUCCCCAUGUAGGCUUUCUCCGUGCCAUCUCCUGCAUUGGCCAAGUGGGUAAGGGGCAGUACAAAAGAGCAAUGGAAGCUGGCUGGCAGCAGUUAAGAGGAAUGGGGGUGGGAAGGACCUUGGCCUCUUUCUGUGCUUAUAACUGGAUCUGUGACUCAUCUUGUGAGUCACUCAGCUCCACCUCCCUCCUCCGGCUGCCCCUCCCAGCAGCCUUUACUCCUGGCACAAACCUGCAGCCAGACCAGGAUUCUGAAAAUGGAAAAAUCUGAUAUAGUGCCUUGCCUCUCCACCAUUCCCUUCAUCUAGUACUUCUACUGGGGGUGUGUGGGGUGGUGAAGGCAGCCUUAACCCUCAGCUCCUGCCCACUCCAUUCCUGGUUAAGUACUGAUCCAAAUCACCCAAUUCUUUUCUCCUCUUGAUUUCCCCCCACCCCCUCCUUUUUUUUUUUUUUUUUUGAGACGGAGUUUCGCUCUUGUCGCCCAGGAUGGAGUGCAAUGGCGCGAUCCCGGCUCACUGCAACCUUCGUCUCCUGGGUUCAAGUGAUUCUCCUGCCUCAGGCUCCCGAGUAGCUGGGAUUACAGGCGCCCACCACCAUGCCUGGCUAAUUUUUUUUUUUUUUAGUAGAUUCGGGUUUCACCAUGUUGGCCUGGCUGGUCUCGCAUUCCUGACCUCGGGUGAUCCGCCCACCUCAGCCUUCCAAAGUGCUGGGAUUACAGGCAUGAGCCACCACACCCCUACCCCCCGAUUUUUUUUCUCUGUGUUCCUCCACUGUCUCCACACCUCAAAGUGCUAAAGAAUAGAAUGAGGCUCUUGAAUGAAGGAUGGUGGUGAGAAGGAAUGUGGAUAAUGGGAUUUAAAAGUUAUGGUACACACCUCUUCCUAUGCUUUUUUUUUUUUUUUUUUUUUUUUGCGAUGGAGUCUUGCUCUGUUGCCCAGGCUGGAGUGUAGUCAUUAGAUCUUGGCUCACUGCAACCUCUGCUUCCUGGGUUCAAGCGAUUCUCCUGCCUCAGCCUCUCAAGUAGCUGGGAUUAUAGGUGUAAGCCACCACGCCUGGCUAAUUUUUGUAUUUUCAGUAGAGAUGGGGCUUCAUCAUGUUGGCCAGGUGGUCUUGAACUGCUGACCUCAAGUGAUCUGCCUGCCUUGGCCUUCCAAAAUGCUUGGGAUUACAGGCGUGAGCCACUAUGCCUGGUCCCUAUUUUCUUUUUACAACAGACCUUGGGAAAUAUUUUCUUCCCCCAAGAGGUUGAGGCCCAUGGAAUGCAUUAGGGGGAGGUGGGGUGGUGGUGCUCUGUAGCCUUUAGGACUUCUAGAAUCAGGCUUCUGGGCCACCUUCCUAGCAGGUGUAUACUCUUUGUUCCAGACUGACUUCCUGUCUCACAAUAUCUUCACUAUUUCCACAGUUGCAGCCAAGACAGGAAACUGAAAGCUGAGGCCAGAAGGGUGGUGUACCGGGGGGAGGGGAAAAUUGAGUGUCACUUUGGAAAACUGGGGCCCCCAUCUAAGGAUUGCUGCCUCUGUAGAUUCAAAAGCAAUAUAACAGCAGCUCAUUAACUCUUAUUUUGUAUUUUAUUUUCUGUCUUUUUCAUGUCUAAAUAAAGAUUUUUGCUUUGCUGUCCCCAAGUCCCCCUCCUUUAAAGGAGCUGCAGCUCCUUGACUUCUCUCCUUGUUCCCAGCUUUCCUUACCCAUCUUUGCUUCUUGGGUUGCAGAUGGGAGGGACAGGGGAUGGACUAUUGAGCUGAAGAGAGGUUUCCAGCCCUCACCUGUGAAAAUCCUGAACAUGAAUCAUUCAUUUGGAGAUCUGGUGUCUGGGUUGGAGGGGUGGAGUCACAUACGGGAAUGGGCACUUAUUGCCAGUUGGUUGUGUAUCUACGUGAGGGGCAAGACUAACUGGUAAGAUCUUUUUGUCCCACCCACAUCCCCAAGACUUGCACACAAACGUACUUGUGUCUGCAUCUUGGACACGUUUCCAUCUCUUUUUAUACUUUUCCACUGCAGUCUUCACAUGACGUCUGUGUCAUGCCCUCUAGAGAAAGAUAUGCAAAACCACUUUAACCAGUUUCCCUGCUUCCUCACCUAAUUCUUGGGCCUCUGCUGACAAAAAUCCCCCCAGGUCUAAUUUUCAUUUUCUUCUGGAAGAGGCGGCAAGGAGGCUUGAACUCAACACUUUCACAUUCCUACCCCUCUCCUUGACCCAAACCCCUCUGAGAAGACAAAAGAACUGAGCUUUUAAGGGAAGUCAUCACUGAGACACUCCAGAGAGGUAGCCCAGAUGAUUCCAGCUUCAUAAUCAAUAGAACUGCUCCCCUCAAACGGUCUCCAGUACUCAUGAACAGGAAGAGAACUGGGUCUGGGAUUGGGGUAAAGAAGGGAGUCGAUGUUUUUCUCUCAGUCCCCAUUUCUCCCCCACUGUCCGUCUCAGACUCCACCGUUUCCUCUCCACUUUUCCAGAAUUGUGUGUAUUCUCCUUUAAGGGGCUGGGCAUCUCUCCCGCCCUCUCCAGAGUCGACUGAAGUUUCCGAGGAGACUUCUCAGGCUGAGCUGGACACACCUUUCCAAGGACCCCCAAACUCUGCUCUGUGCACGUCAAAUGCUCCUUUCCCUUGUGUCCAACCCCCUACCCCUCUCCCUAACUCCCCUCUUCUCAACAAGACUCAGCCUCUCCCCGAGGUGGGUGAGCAUCCUUGAGGUUUCCUACCCUUAACUGCUGUGUCCCCGGAUGGAGCCAGAGAAAUGUGGUGGGGGGGCCGGGGCCAGAGUUUCAACAUUGCCCCCCAGAAGGAGGAGCCAGAGAUGGGGUCUGUCCAGGAAAACAGGAUGCCGGAGCCCAGGAGUCGUCAGCCUAGCAGUUGCCUGGCCUCCAGAUGCCUCCCAGGGGAGCAGAUCCUAGCAUGGGCCCCAGGGGUGAGGAAGGGCCUGGAACCGGAAUUGUCUGGAACCCUGAUCUGUACCAACUUUAGGGUCACCUUCCAGCCCUGUGGAUGGCAGUGGAAUCAGGACACUCCCUUGAGCAGUGAAUACGAUUUUGCCCUGGUCAACAUUGGGCGAUUAGAGGCUGUGAGCGGCUUGUCCCGAGUCCAGCUCCUCCGUCCAGGGUCCCUGCUUAAAUUUAUCCCUGAGGAGAUUCUGCUUCAUGGCCGAGACUUCCGGCUGCUCAGAGUUGGUUUUGAGGCUGGAGGCCUAGAGCCUCAGGCUUUUCAGGUGACCAUGGCCAUUGUCCAAGCCAGAGCUCAGAGCAAUCAAGCCCAACAGUAUUCGGGGAUAACCCUGAGCAAGGCUGGCCAGGGUUCUGGCUCCAGAAAACCACCAAUUCCUCUCAUGGAGACAGCGGAAGACUGGGAGACUGAGCGGAAGAAGCAGGCAGCCAGAGGCUGGAGGGUCAGCACGGUCAACGAGAGGUUCGACGUAGCCACCAGCCUCCCCCGUUACUUCUGGGUCCCUAACCGAAUUCUGGACAGUGAGGUCAGGAGAGCAUUUGGCCACUUUCAUCAGGGCCGUGGACCGCGCUUGUCCUGGCAUCACCCUGGGGGCAGUGAUCUUCUCCGCUGUGGAGGCUUCUAUACAGCCAGUGACCCUAACAAGGAGGAUAUCAGAGCAGUGGAGUUGAUGCUCCAGGCUGGGCAUUCAGAUGUUGUCCUGGUAGACACUAUGGAUGAGCUGCCCAGCCUUGCAGAUGUCCAACUUGCCCACCUGAGGCUGAGGGCCCUCUGCCUGCCUGAUUCAUCUGUAGCUGAGGAUAAAUGGCUUUCAGCCCUGGAAGGAACACGAUGGCUGGACUAUGUCAGGGCUUGUCUUCGAAAGGCCAGUGACAUUUCAGUAUUAGUGACAUCCAGGGUUCGUUCUGUAAUACUUCAAGAGCGCGGUGAUCGUGAUCUCAACGGCCUCCUCUCUUCACUCGUCCAGCUGCUUUCAGCCCCCGAAGCCCGAACACUGUUUGGCUUCCAAUCACUAGUGCAGCGAGAGUGGGUGGCAGCUGGACAUCCCUUCCUGACUCGGCUUGGGGGUACUGGGGCCAGUGAAGAGGCUCCGGUGUUUCUCCUCUUCCUUGAUUGUGUCUGGCAGCUCCUCCAGCAGUUUCCAGCUGAUUUUGAAUUCUCUGAGUUUUUCCUUCUUGCUCUUCAUGACAGUGUCAGGGUUCCUGACACCCUUACCUUCCUGAGAAAUACCCCCUGGGAGCGCGGAAAGCAGAGCGGACAGUUAAACUCCUAUACACAAGUCUACACCCCAGGAUACUCCCAGCCCCCAGCUGGGAACUCUUUUAACCUGCAGCUGUCUGUCUGGGACUGGGAUUUACGCUAUAGCAAUGCACAGAUACUACAAUUCCAGAAUCCUGGCUAUGACCCAGAACACUGUCCAGAUUCCUGGCUCCCUAGACCGCAGCCAAGCUUCAUGGUUCCUGGACCCCCCAGUUCUGUGUGGCUCUUCUCCAGAGGAGCAUUGACCCCCCUGAAUCAGCUCUGUCCUUGGCGGGACAGUCCCUCCCUGCUGGCAGUCUCUUCUCGUUGGCUCCCUCGACCUGCUAUCUCCUCUGAAAGCCUGGCUGACCAGGAAUGGGGUCUCCCCUCACAUUGGGGAGCUUGCCCUUUACCUCCAGGGCUGCUGCUGCCUGGGUAUCUGGGACCCCAGAUCAGGCUCUGGAGACGCUGCUACUUGAGGGGAAGGCCUGAGGUCCAGAUGGGCCUCUCAGCUCCCACAAUCUCUGGCCUCCAGGAUGAGCUAUCCCAUCUUCAGGAGUUAUUACGGAAAUGGACACCAAGAAUAUCUCCUGAAGAUCACUCCAAGGAAAGAGAUCCACAUACCAUUCUCAAUCCCACUGAAAUUGCUGGCAUUCUCAAAGGCAGGGCAGAGGGGGAUCUGGGGUAGAGGAGGGUUCUGUCUUUUUUUUUUUUUGUAUCUGGACUUGCAGCCUUAGCUUUCACACUUCAGCCCUUAAGUUCACUAAGACGUUCUGAGUUUCUCCUGCAGAUGGUGGUGUUAACUGCUCCAACUCUUGUCUUGCUUAGUUCCUACAAAUAUUUUUGCUUCUUGUCAUUUGAAGGAUUAAGAAACAAAAACAAUCCAGAAAUUGAUCGGUUUUUUUAGGCCAAUUCCAUCCCUUCUGGAUAACCAGAUGUUAAAUCAUGAGAUCAGAGAUGCUGUUCAUCAGUCCCAACAAGAUGGCCUAGAAAUCGCAUUCUCACCUCGCCUUGCUGCUGCUUUAAUUCCAAGUUCUAUUUCUUCCCUUAUAGUUUUCUAUGGGAAUGAGGCUGAUACAGGAAACACCCUGUCUCCUCUGUAUUUUUGUAGCGGAAUUUCUAUUUAAGGGGCUCAUUAAAGCAUAGUAUUUAUACACA